AUGCAGCUCCGCCCCGGCGCCCUGGGUCCCCCGCCGGGCCGCUGCGUCUCCCGGCCCAGCCUCCGCUCGCGCGCGCCUCGGCGGAAGCGUCCGUGGAAGCCUCGGCAACUCCGGGGCCCCUCCCAGUCCCCCACCGCCCCCGCCCGCGCGCUUCCCCUUCCCCGAGGAGCCCGGAUGACCUGGCUCAGCCCCGGCACGGGGGAACUCCGCAAGGGAGUCGAAUCUGGACUGUGCGGGCGUGGCAUGGGCCGGAGACUCACGGCCCCCACGGCCCCCCCUCCAGCCUCCCGGACCCCUAAAGACGCGGGGCCCAGGCAGGGCCCAGGAGGCCCCAGAUGUGCCACCCAUCCCCUGAACACACCCAGCGGUCCCUUCCGGACAGCACUGCCUCCGAGCCCGACUCCGCAUCCCUUUCCUGUCCCAUCAAGGCGGCCCAGCCCGGGACGGCAGCUGGGAUGCCCCCAGGGGACCCCGCUGUCCUGGCGCAGGGCUCUCAGUCCUUCUGUCGGCGGGAGAGGGGAGGUGAGGGGAGCAGGCGGACGAGACCCCGCGAGUGUCGCCCAGUCGCCCUCAGGAAAGUCCUGGGACAGGGAUCCGCGUUCCCCCCGGGGCGGCGGGCGGCGGGCGGCGGUGGUGGGGCGGAGCGCAAGGGCCCCCUCUGGCGGCGGCGCCGGCAGCGGCUCGGGAGGGCAGGAGCAAGCCGCUCCCGGGAGAGCAGCGGAGCCCGCUCGGCACAAAGCCCCCCGCGUCCCCACGCACUCACCUGCGGCGCCCCUCUUCCCCUACCGGCUUCUCCGGGAUCUUCCAGCCCAGAGCUGGUUUGAGGGCUCUCGCCAGGUCCCCGGGACUUCCUCUUAUCCCGUCCCAGCCGCGCAGCGAGCGGGACCCGCAGGCGUAGCGGGAGGGAGCGCCCUCACCUCGAGGGGAGAGGGACACACCGGGUCUUUCGCCCAGCUCUGCAGCCGCGGCCCCAGGCUCCGAAGGACACUCUUGCUUUUCCCUGGAAGCCCGCAGAGUAGGAGGAGAGCAAGUGGGUCCCGCCUUCCUCCCCCCUCCCCCCGCUAG